AAGUCAUAUGGAGUAUUAAAUUAUUAAUCUAAGAGUUUGGUUCAACCAUAUUCUUAAAUUCAUCAUUUCAUCCAAAUAAAUCUAACCUCCCCCUCUCUCUCUCUCUCAAUCCGAGCAAACGAUCCGUGUUGUUAAGGUCUCUCCUCUGAUCGUCUUCCACCUUCUCCAUCUGAUCUCUUUAUUUCAUUCCGACCAUUUGUUAAAUCAAACGAUGACCACUGAGACCGGAGAAAUCAGCAUCAUAUGCAACCACUGUGACAGAGACAUUCCAGCACCAAACAUCGAUCUGCAUCGUGUACAUUGUGCUCGUAAUCUAGAAAAAUGUAAGAUUUGUGGUGAUAUGGUUCCCAAAAAACAUGCUGAGGAACACUUCGCCAACACACAUGCCCCGGUACCGUGCUCCAUGUGCAAAGAGACCAUAGCUCGUGAGGCUUUUGAUAAUCACAAAGGAGAGAUUUGCCCCAAGAGGAUUGUAACGUGUGAGUUCUGUGAGUUUCCAUUGCCUGCUGUUGAUCUUGCUGAGCAUCAGGAAGUAUGUGGCAACCGCACGGAGCUCUGUUAUCAAUGCAACAGCUACGUUAGGUUGCGAGAAACAUAUAGCCAUCAAACCAAGUGCCCUGGUUCUGUGCUCAGCAAUGUUGAAUCCUCCAGAAGGAUCCCAAGAGCAGCAGAAGGAGAUGGGAACGGCAGGAGGAGGAGAGAUGGGAACGGUGUUUCUAACAAAAGGCUUUUCUUCACUAUAGCUAUAACUGGAAUAGCUAUCUUGAUAGGAUCUCUGUUCUUCCAGAGGAAGCCUGAGGGGAGCUAGGCAGAGAGACAUAGCUUUUGUGUGUAGUUCUGUAAAGUUGGUCAAACUCCCUUCAGACAGAUUUGAUGGAAGGGUUUUUAUACAUUUUAAUGCUUACUGAGACAGAGAUGUUCCUACCGAAAGAUUGUUUAAGCUGAUCACCAUGAGACUUUCUUUUGUAUUUGAUUUCAAUAAAAGGAGAUUUCAGGUU